CAAAAAAAAAUGAUUGCAAGCAGAUUUGAAACACGUGAGUUAAAUGAUGAAUUUCAAUUCCUCGGGGAACUGUCCCCCACGGGCUGUCGGCAGCGGAAAGAGGUGUGGCUCGAAGGGACGCUAGCUGAUUGGUUUGUAAUGUCUUCCGUUUCCAGCCAAUAGCACAGUCGCUCGCUUUCUUUUAAAAAGGCGCACCACGGACAUUCGUGUUAUUGUUUCCUCAGGUGGCAAAUCAGUUAUAUCUUGAUCAAGAUGAGCGGAAGAGGCAAAACCGGUGGCAAAGCCCGCGCCAAGGCCAAGACUCGCUCAUCCAGGGCGGGUCUGCAGUUUCCUGUCGGCCGUGUUCACAGACUUCUUCGCAAAGGCAACUAUGCAGAGCGCGUUGGUGCGGGAGCUCCAGUGUAUCUGGCUGCUGUGCUCGAGUAUCUGACCGCUGAGAUUCUGGAGUUGGCUGGAAACGCCGCUCGUGACAAUAAGAAGACCCGCAUCAUCCCCAGACACCUUCAGCUGGCUGUACGCAAUGAUGAGGAGCUGAACAAGCUUUUGGGUGGAGUGACCAUCGCUCAGGGUGGUGUGCUGCCCAACAUCCAGGCCGUGCUGCUGCCCAAGAAAACCGAGAAGGCCGCCAAGAAAUAAACCGUUUAAGUUUUAAAACUAAAGGCUCUUUUAAGAGCCACCCAUUUCCUCCUUAAAAGAGUGUUUUG